AUGCAACAGAAGAGCUUAGGAUGUAAAUGCCAUUUUGAUCUAUCGCAUCAUUCAAUACUUUUUCAUCGAGUUAAAACGAGAAAAAAGGAGAAAGAUUUUUUCAGAACAGUUUGGUUUCAAAACAGAAGAGCAAAAUGGCGCAGGCAAGAUAAGGCAGAGAGUAGUGCGAUUGCGGAAUUGCCGCCAGUUCGACCAUCAGGACCAACAGGAAUUCCUUCAUGGACAUGGAUGACACAUCCAGAGGAAUUUUCGGGGUUAAUGCAUCCCUUUGUUACUCAACCCAAUGCUUUUCCACCUGAUAUGUUGCAGACAGUUAAAGCUCAGCGUUCAUCGUUUUGUUUCGGCUAUUUGCCAGCACCGCAUUAUACAGGAACACAAUCGUUUCCUGAUUUCGAAAUUCCGAAUGGUCCUUCAAUCCUUCAAACAGAUAAAACUUCAUUUGAAUGA